GAAAAAAAAAUAGAAAAGAAAAUGGUAGACAACAACUCAUCCUCUUCCGAUGAGGAGCUGAACUACCAGUCCAACUUCAACGUGCCAUCAGUGAACUUGGCCCAUCUUAGAAAAAAAGAUAAUAAAAUCAAUGCUAAAUCGAAUCUUGCUAAAGCGAAGAAGAAAUUCACACCUGGCCAAAAGAAUGUGCACUUCCCAAAGAAAAAUGCCAUGGGUGACUCGGAGUUGGACACGUCCACACCAAACUUCUCCUCUGAACGGGUUGAUGCUGACUCUGAUCUGGAUACGUCCGUUCGUGAAACCCCAGUUGAAGGUUCUGCAAGCCUUCCAAAUUUCCGUUUUGAACUCCCCGUGGGUAAUGAUGGCAGCCUCUCAGAUGACAACUCAGAUGACUCAAAUGAAUCCGAAACGGGAGAAUUGGUGAAUCCGGUCACGGAAUACAACGACGAUUCUUCCGAUGAAGAUAUCAAGGAUGCUCACCCAGGAGCUGAAAUGGAUAUCACAGACAUCAGACACCUGCGCUCAUCACAGUCUUCUAGAACAAGCUCAGAAAAGAAAAAUGCCCUAAGCGGCAUUUUCCGCCGGAUGUCUUUGGCUGAACAAGUCGGGGACUCAUCUGCUCCUUCGAGAUCAGACACAUUCUUGGGGAAAGUCAUGAACUUUGCCGGGGGUGGGUCUUUGAAUGGCGGAGGACUAACCCCGGGAGCAAACGUUCAAAUUGAGGAGCCCCUCGAUGCUGAAAAGGAGGUGGGUAUGGACCCGAACCAACCUGUGGAAAUGAAGAACCUUGACUUUUCUGCUCUUGGAGAGGAGGCGCAGAAUUUGAUCUACGCACAUGCUCCCGAUCUCAAGCGUGAUAGGGAGACGCGCUCAGAUUACUCAGACUAUGAUUUAAGAACGGACUCAACGGCUCAUUUGAUUGAGAAUGAAAAGCCUGCUGGUAGGUCAAGCCACGAUAAUGACCAGCCACGCGAAGGCUCCAGCGGAGCUUUCUACCAGCCAAAUACAGAUUUGUUCCAAGAUGAUUUCGAGGACGAGUUCAACGAUGACGACUAUUUUCAAAAUGAUGGGUACGUUGCUCCUCCGAAACAGGUGCACGCCGGUGUCUUGUCAUCGUUGUUGAAGUUGUAUCAAAAUUCUGGGGAUAACAGGUCCUCUUCCACUUUGGGUACAUCCAUAGGGGGAAACCUAGCCGACGAGCAGUUCAUUCCUGGCGAAGGAACCAAACCAGGCCAUCGUAACGAGCUAGCACAUAUGAAGAACAUGAUGAAACUGGGUCCUAGAAAGCUAGCAGGUAAAUUUCAUGGAAACAAAAACAAAGCCACCGCCACACCUGAAGCCUAUAGCUCAGAGGAAGAAGAGAAGGAAAAGUUAGACGGUGACGCGGCGAAACUUCCAUCUUUUCAAAACGCUCGGCCACGAGCACCUAAGAUACACAAGCCUGACCCACGAAAAAUGGGCAAGAAGCUCAAAAGAAAGGAUCAGAAACUCAAGAUCACUGUACAUAUUGCAGAUAUCUUGCAGAGACAACGCUUUAUCAUCAGGAUGUGUAGGGCUCUUAUGAUGUUUGGAGCGCCAACGCACAGAUUGGAAGAAUACAUGGUCAUGACAAGCCGUGUACUCGAAAUCGACGGACAAUUCGUCUACUUUCCUGGAACAAUGAUUGUGGCGUUUGGUGACGCUGCAACAAGAACGUCCGAAGUUCACUUGGUGAGAUGUGCACAGGGUCUUAACUUGUCCAAAUUGUCUGAUACUCACAAAAUUUACAAAGAUGUUAUCCAUGACUUGGCCGGCGUGGAGGAAGCUGGUGCUAAACUCGAGGAGCUUUUGAAAAGCAAAAAUCUCUACUCGCCUUGGGUUUGCGUAUUCCUUUUUGGACUAGGCUCUGCGUGUGUGUGUACCUGGGGUUUUGAUGGAGGCUGGUACGAUUUUCCGAUCGCUUUUGGGAUCGGCUCGAUUGUCGGCUAUUUGCAAUUCUUCAUGUCCUCAAAAUCUCACUUGUACUCUUCCGUUUUCGAGGUCACCUCUUCUAUUGUUGUAUCUUUCAUCGCUCGUGGAAUUGGCUCAAUCAAAAGCGGAAAGUACUUUUGCUUUGGUGCUAUAGCACAGGGCUCUUUAGCUUUGAUUCUCCCUGGGUACAUCAUUCUCUGUGGUUCCCUUGAGCUUCAAUCCAAAAAUCUUGUUGCUGGGUCAGUAAGAAUGUUUUACGCCAUCAUUUACUCCCUAUUUUUGGGAUUUGGAAUUACUUUGGGUGCCGCGUUGUAUGGAUGGGUGGAUAGCAAAGCCACAAAUGCUGCAACAUGUGAGACGGGUCAUGGGCUUGAUGAUCGCUGGAGAAUCUUGAUGGUUCCUCUUUUUUCCAUAUGUUUGGGCUUGAUCAAUCAAGCUAGAUGGGAUCAGCUUCCAGUUCAGACGCUCAUCACCGCGAUCUCAUACAUCGGUACUUAUUAUUCGGGUAAACAUUUUGUCAAUGUGACCGAAUUCACAGCCGCAAUUGGUGCUUUUAUCAUUGGCAUUUUGGGUAACAUGUAUUCCCGAGUUGGUAAGGGAAUGGCAGUCAGUGCGAUGUUACCAGCAAUAUUUGUGCAAGUGCCUUCAGGUAUUGCAUCGCAAAGCACUUUGUUAGCUGGUGUGGAAACAGCGAAUAAAAUCACAAAUUCUUCUUCCUCCAGCUCGGAUUCAUCAGACUUGAGCUCAUUAAGUUUCGGUGCUAUCAUGGUUGAGGUCUCUAUAGGUAUCAGUGUCGGGCUAUUUGCGGCAGCACUCGUGGUGUAUCCAUUUGGAAAAAGAAGAUCGGGGCUCUUCAGUUUAUAGACAAGCCG